GUUUAGCUUCAGCAAAUGAUAUUUUAUAAAAGCUGAUAAUUACCUGCUUCAUUUAAACUGCAUUUUGAGUGAUUGGUGGAAUGUAUAUUGAUUGGUAUCAGCAAAGGAUACUUUAUAAAAGCGGAUGUUAAGUAUAGGUCGAAGACUGGACUCUAGUAGAUAUUAGAAGCUUUAACUCCAUGUGAUAAUGAAUCAACGAGGGCUGAUAUUUAAACAAAGUGCACGUUAUUUUAUACUGAAGUUGAGACGAUAUUCUCCUGCCGUAAUACUUGUAACAAUUAUAGCUGUGACACUUCUUGGAAAUAUCCAGAUAAACGGAACAUAUCUCCUCGGGGUUAAACGUUUGCUGCCGCGGAAUGAACCACCGGCAAUUUUAUAUACAAUACACAGAGAGUACGAAUUAGAUAGCGAAUGGGGUAAUAGUUCAACAGGAUGGAAUAACACUAAACUGUUGACUGACCGAGAUGGAGGAUUCGUGGAAAUGAAACAUCAGGCUUCCAUGGGGAAGGCAUUCCCGGAUGAUAUGUCAGAAAAGCUAACCAAUAUAAAUAUAUAUCCUACUGAAGGAUACAAAAGAGCGGCGUUUCUGAGAAAUAAAUGUGCAAGUUUUGAUAAAAGGCAAUUUCACCGAACAGUUCGUGUAAGCUACGACGUGAAACAUAAAGCCCUGUAUUGUCCUCUAUGCAAAUUAGCAUCCACUUUCUGGACUCGUGUCUUUAAAAUGUUAGACAAUAACAGUAAAGGAAGAUUUACUAGACAUCCAUUUGAAGUCCCUAUUUCACAAGCGCCAGCUAGUAAGCUAUAUUUUGAUAUACUUGACCAAAAGAUUGGAAAGACAGUAAAUGCUAAAGAGUCCUUUAGAUUUUUGUUUGUUCGAAAUCCAUUCAGUCUGUUAUUUUCGGCAUUUGUGGACAAAAUUGUUGGACCUAACCCAUCAUUAUGGAAAAUAUUUAAAAACCCAGCCAGCGCACGUGCUGAAGGAAAGGUAACAAAUACUUGUGGUGCAGACCUCACAUUUGAACAAUUUUUGAGAAAUAUUGUGCAAAGGUACAAACUAAAGCAUACCCUUGACUGUCACGUGGCCAAAUUCGACGCCUGUCAGCCAUGUGCAGUAAACUACACAUUUGUUGCAAAGAUGGAGACAUUUAAAGCCGAUACAUUCCACAUUAUGUCUAAAGUUAACCAAACGCAAACUUUGGAAAUAUUUGAGCACGAAUUUAGUUCCUUACACGCAGACGAUGCUAUUGAUGACUCAACUUCCGGUCCAUUUUCAUGGAAAGGGGACAUAAUAAGAUGUAUUACGUGGCCUGAAGCACUGCAGAGAAUAUGGAGGAAACUUCAAAUUAGGGGAAUUAUUGGUGUACAUGGUUUUCCGCUCACUGAUAAUGAGGCAAACACUAUACCUAAACACGAGUUUAUUGCGCUUCUAGAGAAAACAAGAUUGAAAACGACUUCCAGUGAGAGAGGUUGGCUAAAAGAACAGGCUUUCAGAGAAGCAUAUAGAAGUGUGCCUAUUAAUGUUUUAGACGAGAUUAGAAAAAUUUAUUCAAAUGAAUUUUCAUUAUUUGAUUACAAUGAUUCACCAGGUGAAAUAUUUAACAUAGAUAUAGAGAUUCAAAAUUAUAGAUUAUUGGAUUACACAAAUAUUAAAGAAAAUAUAACGCUUAGACACUAAUUUGUGCUCCUCUUGUUUAGGCUGUAUGUCCGCUAGCAACUGUACUUUAAAAAUAAAAUGACGUCACACAGUAUAAAAUGAGAGGUUAUCUUAUUACCAUAGUAACUCAUUAGCGGCCCAAUCGACGUUAUCAUGUCUUUAAUGUAAAAACAUCGAUAACUGCAAAUAAAAUUACUUAACUUUUUGCAGUUGACAAUCAACUCAACUCAAUGAAUAUAUUUUAUAGCAUUUAAGCCUCCUUAAAAGUUACUGUCAAUCGAACUUUUGAUUGUUUUGUCUGUGGCAGCCAUAUUGUUCUGACAUAGAAAUGACGUCACAAGAGCAUCUAGGCUGCAUUCGCUUACUCAAACAAAUGACCAAAAACGAACAUGUUACAUAGUAACAAUUUCAGACUUAAUACUUACCUAGCAGAUGUAUUAUUUUUCAAAAUGAUACGCAUUUGAGACGUUUUUGUUGGCAUGGGUACAACAAAAAAUAAGGUAUUGAUAAAUUAGCAAAAGUAUUUUUAAAAAUUGUAAUUUACCAAAAUAAAAAUAAAUUGAAAAUUGUAUGUGCAUUUUAAAAGAUGGCCUUACUUUGCAACAGUUCAACAAGGAUUUACUAACAGCUGUGCACAUAUUCAAGUAAUACACGUAUU